UUCUGGGUGGCGUGAACACAGGGUUGGGGAAAAUUGAGGGAACCGAGGAUGAGAGAGAUGUUCAUAAAUUAAUUGUUAACUAAUUUUCGCUGACAAUUGUGUUGUUUAUAACACACGGAUUCAACCAAAGUCAAGGCUGUGUGCGCCAAAUCCAUCCGAAUCAAAUCGCAAUAAGUAUUCACGGUUCCUACAAAUUUGCUUUUUCCUUCUCAGUUCUCAAGAUUUCUGCUUUUCGCCCCCGAUUUUAUAUAUUUUCCUCAAUCCAGCCAUGAUGAGGAAAUACGCUCGCGUUUCCGCCACAAUUGCCGAUCUUCUUCGCAAGCGCUCCCUUCAAUUUCCCCGCCUUUUGUCCUCUUCACCCAUUCUCGAUCACCCCUCUUCUUCUUCUUCUGCUUCUUCAUCCAUGUCCUCCUCUUCCACUCAUCCGGUUUCACUCGGCACCAUUAACGAAAAGGUGCUUAAAUGUGAGUAUGCUGUCAGAGGUGAAAUCGUUACCCUUGCCCAGAGAUUACAAGAGGAGUUAUUGGCUAAGCCUGGUUCACAUCCUUUUGAUGAGAUACUCUACUGCAAUAUUGGAAAUCCCCAGUCCCUUGGUCAGCAGCCAAUUACUUUCUUCCGUGAGGUUCUUGCAUUGUGCGAUCAUCCUGCUAUUUUGGACAGAAGUGAAACACAGGGUUUGUUCAGUACUGAUGCCAUCAAGAGAGCUUGGGAAAUACUAGAUCAAAUACCAGGAAGAGCAACUGGUGCAUAUAGUCACAGCCAGGGUAUCAAGGGUUUGCGUGAUACAAUUGCUGCUGGAAUAGAAGCUCGUGAUGGAUAUCCUGCCGAUCCAAAUGAUAUUUUCUUAACAGAUGGUGCAAGCCCAGCGGUCCAUAUAAUGAUGCAAUUGCUUCUAAGAUCAGAAGGGGAUGGAAUUCUUUGUCCAAUCCCUCAAUACCCUUUGUACUCUGCUUCAAUAGCUCUCAAUGGUGGCACUCUGGUUCCAUACUAUCUUGACGAAUCUGCAGGGUGGGGACUGGAAAUUUCUGAGCUUAAGAAGCAACUGGAGGCUGCCAAGUCCAAGGGUAUAAAUGUUAGGGCACUGGUGGUAAUAAAUCCCGGGAAUCCCACAGGACAGGUUCUUGCUGAGGAUAAUCAGCGGCAGAUUGUAGAAUUCUGCAAACAAGAGGGUCUUGUUCUUCUUGCGGAUGAGGUAUAUCAGGAAAAUAUUUACGUUCCUGAUAAGAAGUUCCACUCUUUUAAGAAGAUUUCUCGGUCUAUGGGCUAUGGCAAUGAGGAUAUCACAUUGAUAUCAUUUCAGUCUGUCUCUAAAGGCUACUAUGGCGAGUGUGGGAAAAGAGGUGGUUACAUGGAGGUUACUGGUUUCAGUCCUGAGAUAAGGGAACAGAUAUACAAAGUGGCAUCAGUGAAUCUGUGUUCUAAUAUUUCUGGCCAGAUUCUAGCAAGCCUUGUAAUGAGUCCCCCAAAGGUUGGAGAUGAAUCUUUUGAAUCAUAUAGUGCAGAGAAGGAUGGAAUCCUCUCUUCUCUGGCAAGGCGUGCAAAGGUACUAGAAGAUGCCUUGAACAAUUUAGAAGGUGUGGAGUGCAAUAAAACAGAAGGAGCUAUGUAUCUCUUUCCUCGUAUUUACCUGCCCGUGAAGGCAGUCAAAGCAGCUGAAGCUGCCAAUACGUCUCCUGAUACAUUCUAUUGUCGUCGCCUCCUUAAUGCUACUGGCAUCGUCGUUGUUCCAGGUUCUGGUUUUGGUCAGGUUCCCGGUACCUGGCAUUUUAGAUGCACCAUACUACCACAAGAGGACAAGGUUCCAGACAUUGUUUCUCGCUUGACUGAGUUCCAUAAACAAUUCAUGGAAGAGUUUCGUGACUGAAUCUCUGCUGCAGGACCAAUAGUAAUGUUAAACCCAUUCCCUUAAAUGAUGAGCUCUGUGGUUAGCAUGCUCACUUUUCCAUUAUGAAUUUGACCUCCCACUUCCUAAAUUAGGAAUAGUGAUAGACGGGUGUUUAUUUUAUUUACUUCCUCAAAACGAUAUUGAAGGGAAUGAAGCCCAAUCUUAUAUUUUGUUCAAAACUCAAAGAAAGCGACUUCCUCUUCCUUCU